CCGGCUACCAACGGCCCACCGGCCGCCAAAACCCCGGUGUCGCUCCUGCAAGAGCUCUAUGUGCGUAAGGGUCUAACGCCUAUCUACGACCUGGUCCAAAUCGAAGGCGCUGUCCACGAGCCCACCUUCAAAUAUCGCGUCGUGGUGGGCGAGUUCAUGGCCACGGGCACGGGUCAGAGCAAGAAGAAAGCCAAACACGCGGCGGCCAAGUCCGUUUUAGAGAAGAUUCGGGCGGUGCAAGUCAAGGCGGGUCAGAAGUCACCGGCGGCCAUCACGGACCGCACCUCUCCGGCUGAGGCCUUGAAAGGGGCCUUGUUGCCCGCCUCGGCCGUGUCGGCCGCUCAAUUGCCGGAUUUGAAUGCUAGUGUCUUGCUCUCGCCCUACGAUGACGGCAUUGAGGGCAACCCCGUGGGCGAGCUCCAGGAAUUGUGUAUGAAUCGACGGAUGCAGCCUCCGGCAUAUGAGGUCAGCAUGCAGGAGGGUCAGCCGCAUGAGCGGAAAUUUAUUCUGGCGUGUUCCGUGGGCAAAUUGGAGGAGACGGGCUCGGGCAAGAGCAAGAAAUUGGCCAAGCGACAAGCCGCCCACAAGAUGUUGCAACGCCUCCGAGCUCAACCCGUGGAUAAGGACGACCAGUUUCAAACCCUGGAUGAUGACGAUCUGGCCGUGGGGAUCGCUCAACGCAUGAAAGACCUCAAGUUGCAUGGGGAUAUCUUUUUUCGGACCCCGGUGAACAAGGUCAACUCCAAGCUGGUCGAGUUGCAGAACAAGACGUUGGACGAGUUGAAGGCCCAACCCAUAGAGUUGUUGACGGAGAUUGCCGACGAAUACGAGUUCACGGUCACGUUUAUUGACAUCGAUGAGAAAUCCAAGGAUGACAAGUUCCAUUGCUUGGUCCAGAUGUCCACUGUACCCGUUGCCGUUUGCUACGGCAUUGGCGAGACCCCCACCGAAGCUCAGGCCAACUGCGCCUUCAAUGGACUCGAGUAUCUGCGGAUAAUGACGGGCGAAUAAAGAAAGUACCAUGCCUGCCUGUACUUUGUCAUCAUCACAUUCACCCAUGCUAUUUAACUAUCAUACAACACUUAAGUGUUAGUCACGAAUUUUGAUCAGCUCCAUCAAUGUAUUGUACACUGCUCAUUUUCCCGAGGAUUAAAUCAUCUCAUAACCCAUGUCGAAAGAAGAAACUAGGCGUAAUUGAACUUCUUUUAUGUCACUCUCUCAGAAACUCGCUGACUCAACAUGCCGAAAGCUCACCCCUUAAGUGCCAGUGAGGCUGAAGAGGACGACGAGGCACCACCUCGAAUCAAAUCCAAGGGGUCCACGGCCUUGACUUCGUUGGAGGAACUUACCAAUCAGGAGCAGAACGAUGUGUGGUUGGUCCGAAUCCCCAGCUCUAUCAAACCGGAUUCUUUGCACGAUCAACUUCUUUUGCAAAAUGGAGAGGUAAAAUUAGAGAGGAAAGGUGCCAAGUUCGUCAACAAGACCUCGAAGAAGAAGUCAUCUGUGAAUGUGGUGACCUUGAACUGGAAAGGUCUGCCCGUUUUAACCAAUGUCCCUCUUCGUGGCGAGGUUACCUUCAAUGAAGAGGUGGAAUUUGAGCCCGAUUUCAGCUGCCAGCGAAUUCCCAAUCCAAAAGAGGUUGUCCAGCCUUCGAUCAUAAAGGAAAGGCACCCUCUUUUCGGAUUUCAAAGUCCACCAGAUGUUCAUACGGAAGAAGAAGAAUUGAUCGAGAACGCCGCUACAGAGCCGUCGGCUUCCCCCAAGAAAUAUAAACGAAAAUCGAAAUCGAAAACCAUCACUGAGAUCACUCCCAAGGAAGAGUCCAAACGCAAGAAGAAGAAGCUCCAUUGAUGCAUGAAUAAUUACAUGAUCAUCGUAAGUUUAUUCGAAUAGUAUCACAGAUUGAUUGUUGAUGUCAAAAUACAGUGAUCAACGUUUAUUGGCCGGCAAACGGA